CACGGAAUCAUUUUCUAUGAUGGCAGUGUAUACAGCGCUAUAAUUGGUAUCAACUUAUCAAGUUGGUAGUUGGUUCCGUUGGAGACAGGUGAAAACGUGCAAUGGCUUCCAAGAAUGUAUUUUUUCAUUUUGUCUUGGUUUCCAUGUGUUUAGCUAUGUCAAAUUCGGCGGAGUUCAAAUACCCAGCAGUUUUCAACUUCGGUGAUUCAAACUCGGACACAGGAGACUUGGCUGCAGGGUUGGGCUUUCAGGUUGCGCCACCUAAUGGACAGGAUUACUUCAAAAUUCCAUCCGGGAGGUUCUGCGAUGGCCGUCUCAUGGUGGACUUCCUAAGUAAUUUUUAUUUAUACCCUAAUUCAAUAGCUAUGGCAACCAACACUUGUACCCUUCAGAUUCUUUCCCUCAUUGCCAUCUGCAUACCUUGUGCCAUAUCCUUCCAGUUGGAUUUUCCAGCAGUUUUCAACUUUGGUGAUUCAAAUUCUGAUACUGGUGCUCUUGUUGCCGGUGGUUUUGAGAGCCUUUACCCUCCAAAUGGACAAACUUACUUCCAAAUACCAUCGGGGAGAUACUCUGAUGGCCGUCUCAUCAUCGAUUUCCUUAUGGAUGCUAUGGACUUGCCAUUCCUAAAUGCCUACCUGGAUUCUUUGGGUUUGCCAAAUUUUAGGAAAGGAUGCAACUUUGCUGCAGCAGCUGCAACUAUCCUCCCAGCCACUUCAUCUUCCCUCUGCCCCUUUUCCUUUGGGGUUCAGGUGUCUCAGUUCCUCCGAUUCAAAGCUAGGGCCCUUGAAUUGAUUGCCAAAGGCAGGAAAUUUGAUAAGUACGUCCCAGAUGAGAAUAUUUUCGAGAAGGGAUUGUACAUGUUUGACAUUGGCCAGAAUGAUCUUGCUGGAGCAUUUUAUUCAAAAACUUUGGACCAAAUACUUGCCUCAAUUCCGACAAUUCUUUUAGAACUUGAAAAGGGAAUAAAGAAUCUCUAUGACCAGGGGGCUAGAUAUUUCUGGAUACAUAAUACAGGGCCUCUUGGAUGCUUGCCUCAGAACAUCGCCAAAUUUGGAACUGAUGCAUCAAAACUUGACGAACUGGGAUGUGUUGGUUCACACAACCAAGCUGCUAAAAUCUUUAACCUACAGCUACACGCUCUCUGUACUAAAUUGCAGGGCCAAUAUCCAGACUCGAAUGUCACAUACGUGGAUAUCUUCUCUAUAAAAUCAAAUCUGAUUUCAAACUUUUCCAGAUACGGGUUUGAACAACCUAUUAUGGCUUGUUGUGGAUUCGGAGGUCCACCCCUCAACUAUGACAGUCGAGUUUCCUGUGGGGAAACAAAGACCUUCAACGGAACCACAAUCACAGCACAAGCUUGCAAUGAUUCUAGUGAGUACAUAAGCUGGGAUGGGAUUCAUUACACUGAGACUGCUAAUCAAUAUGUAGCAUCACAAAUUCUCACCGGAAAGUACUCCGAUCCUCCUUUCUCAGACAAAAUGCCCUUCCUACUUAAGCUCAAGUUCUAGACAUCCCGUUAUAUUUAUUGCUAUCAUUAUUUGAUUCUUUAUGUGCUCGUAUCUUCAAAGCAAUAGCUCAUUGUAAUUCUAAAUGUCAGUCAAGCUCUUAUUAAUGGUCUGUGAUGUUCAAGGAUUGGUAUAUGACACAUUCAAGCUUCAUGGUUCAUUUGUAUUUUAUGUAUACUAUCAAAGAGGGCCUUUUGGGGUUAUCACA